GUGAUGCACGGAAAUAAAAAUAAAUGAACCUUUAAAAAGUUAAAAAAUACGGGUUGGGGAUUUAGUUCAGUGGUAGAGCGCUUGCCUAGCACGUGCAAGGCCCUGGGUUCGGUCCUCAGCUCUGGAAAAAAAUAAAAGUUAAAAAAUAGUACCUGGAGGCCAUAGGCAUAAGAUCUCCUGGAGCGGGAGUUAGAGACAGUUGUGAGCCUCCAAUGUGGGUGCUGGGGGUUGAAUCUGGAUUCUCUAGAAGAACAGCCAGUUGUUCCCUUAAUCACCAAACCAUCUCUCUAACCACUCAGUUUAACUUUUUAAAAAAGACUUUAGUUUGUUUGACUUGAUUUUAAUUUAUUGAGACAAGAUGUCACGCAAUGCAGGCUGGCCUGGAAUUUGCCAUGUCCUGGAGGAUGACUUUGACCGUGGAUCCUUCUGUGUCCAUCUCCUGAGUGCUGGGAUUGCUGUUGAGUGCCAGCAUGCCCAGCUUAGUGGUGCUGACACAGAAUCCAGGAUGUUUGCAUAAGCCAGGCAAGCACUCUACCCACUGAGAUACACCUCCAGCCCGUCAGUUUAAACUUUUAAGAAAGGAAGACUAGGGAGCAGGGAGGAUGGCUAAAUCGGUAAAGACUGUAAACAUGAGGACCCAAGUGAGUGUCCUCCACACCCACGUAAAAAGCCAGACGUGAUAGCAGUACCUGUAAUCUUAGCGCUGGGGAGGUGAAGACAGGAAGGUGCUUGGAGGUUGCUGGCCAGCUAGUUUUGUCUGUCAGUGAGCUCCAGGUUCAGUGAGCGACCCUGCCUUUUUUUUGGGGAGGAGGGCUCCGGCUGUCCUGGAACUCACUCUGUAGACCGAGCUGUCCUCAAACUCACAGAGAUCCACCUGCCUCUGCCUCCCCAGUGCUCAGAUUAAAGUGUGUGCUACCACCAGCCAGCAUGAGAACACUGUCUUAAAAAAAAUAAGGUAGAAUACAACAGAAGAAGAUACCUAAUGUUGACUUCUGUCCUCCCCAGUCUUGUGGGGCAUCCAUACAUACAUGUGCACAUACACGUGACACCUUCCACAUCUGCCUACAUUCAUAAAAAUAAAUUAAUAAAGCCCCUGGAUUCACUGGCAGCUGUAAUCAAGCACAGUAUUAUCAGUGUUUCUCUCUUCCAGGACACAACCUGGAUCUCCAUAAACAUGGCACAAAUGACUGUUGAUGAUAUGGUCCUUAAGGUUGUGUUCUUGCUGCAGGUGGGCACAGGCCUUCUGGCAAACACUUACCUGCUCUUCAUGCAUAGCUCCGUCCUUUUCACAGAGCGCAAACCAAAGCCUACAGACCUCAUUCUGUCUAACGUGGCCAUGGCCAAUUCCUUUGUUCUUCUCUCCAAGGGAGCACAGCAAAUUAUAGAAGAUAUGGGACUCAUGCAUGCCCUGGAAAGUUCUGGGUGUCAAGUCUUCUUUUACUUCCAUAGGGUGUCUCGAGAACUUUCGCUCUGCACCACCAGCUUGCUGAGUGGCUUUCAGGCAGUCACAGUCAGCCCCAGGCAUGGGGUGUGGACAGGGCUCAGACACUGGGUCUCUAGGCAUGUCUGCUUCUCCUGCCUCUUCUGCUGGAUUUUCAAUCUGACUAUCAGCACCACCUCUCCCGUUGAGAUAAAAGUCUUCUGGGAUAAUAGUAGUGAUUGCUUAAUGGGGAAUGGCAUUGCUUGCCAGUAUGUGGUUGCCGUGUCUGGAUUGUAUGCAAUCCCGUUAUCCAUUAUGGGUGCCCUGUUGAUGACACUUAUGGUGGUAGCUAGCAUGCACAUGGUGUGUCUUCUACACAGACACCACCAGAGGGUCCAACAUAUUCGAAGUUGCAGCCUCAGCCUCACCUCCAGGACCUCUCCAGAGAUGAGGGCCACUCACAGCAUCCUGCUCUUGGUGGCUGGCUUCAUCCCCUUUUACUUCCUUUAUUCAAUCUACAUAUUUUAUGGUACAAAAUUAUUUAGCUCCUACUUGUGGCUGCAACACUUCCUGAAGUUUCUUGCUAUGUGUUUCCCCUCUCUGAGUCCCUUGGUGCUGAUUUUUCAGAACCCCAGAACUUUGAACUCCUGCUUUUAGAUUCUGGGAAUGUCCAGCCUGAUUGCU